AGUAUAUGUCGUUGUGUAUCCUAGUAUAUAAUAUACCGCCUUGGUAUUUCUUGAGUCAAUGUGUACCUCUUUUUCUUUUUAGUUGUACCACGCUGUGUUGCAAGUCACCUAGCUAUAUAAAAUCGGUUUCUGUAAUUCCAAAAUUCUUGUUACACCGGAUUUACAUUGAUCCCAUUGAUGACCGGCUUCCUCAAUGCAUGAACAGCUCCUGUUGAUGAAAGAUUCCCUCUAAAGAACGGGAUACGUACAAAAUUGCGUAAACAACUAUGGGAGGUCACGGUGGGCUUAACAUUCUGCCUCAGAAGAAGUGGAAUGUCUAUCGAGCUGAUAGACAGUACGAGGUCAAAUACGACGAGCACCGUGACAUUGAAAAGCGUCUGGCAACUCGGGAACAGCGUAAACGUGAAAGACUUACGGAUUCCUUGGUGGAGCUUCGCAGGAAGUCUCAGGGUGUUUUGAACUAUGAAAGCCGACCUAGUGAGCAAUCGGAACCGCAUCGCAAACGGCGAGACCGAUCUCGCAAGCAUCGCAGUGUUAACGAGGAGCAUCACCAUAGACGAAGUUCUAGAUCGCGUUCCCCUGAACGCACAGCAGAGGACGACGCUAUAAAUAUACCCGUUAGUGGCCACAUCAACCUCUUUGAGGAUGCUGAACGCGAGGCUCAGGAACUCGCUGAGAAGCGCCGCGAGAACUUAAUAAAGAGUGGCGGUUACGUCUACAAUUCUGGCGAUAAGGGUCCUAGAUCAGUGAAUGUAUACACUGACGAUGCGUCUAUAACUCUAGUUCCGGAUUUUAAGCGGUAUUCUACACCCUGGUACAUGAAAAGUCGUGCUCAGGACCGUGUUAUUGACACACCUCUGGACAGCAAAGGCGGGCCGCGCUUCCUUAAAAGCGUGUCGACUUUCGAUAACGACUCGGCAACGAUUGAAGAAGAUGAGCUUAAGCGUUCGUUUGGUGAGCGUCUAGCGCGUUUCAGCAGUAGACAUCAGCGUUCUGGUGAAUAGUUGUAGCAGCCGCUGCCAUCGCAAAUCUUUCUUUUUUCCAAUGGCUGCACUAAACUUUUACAUGUCAAAAAUGG